AUGACGUCGGUGGCUGGACUUCGGCGGGUGCUCAUGAACGGUUCGCUGGAAUUUCCUCCCUUUCCUGCCGAGAGGUAUAGACGUGACGUGCACACCGCCACGUACAAAUGUAGAGUGAAGUUAAACAACGGUUAUGCUGUGCUGUCGAAGAAUAUUCACAUUCACGCAGUAUUAAACGUACCAUGGGAAGUACACGUGCCGGAUGAAUAUGUGAUGGCGGGUAACGCGGCGGUGUUGCGUUGUUUGGUGUCCGCACACUGCGUCGACCGCAUCGCCAGCACUGACUGGUUUACUGAAGAUGACAUCAGCGUAUUUCACUAUUUAGAACCAAUCUCCGUCCGCAUAAAACCCGAAGUAACACGAACAAAAGUGAACUCCAACAUAACUUUCGACUGUAAAGUAACAGGCCAUCCAAUAGAAAUAGUUUACUGGUUACAUAACGGAAAAGUCGUAAAGCCCAAUGAAAGAGUAAGGAUAUCAGAAGACGGUUUUAGAAUAUAUAUCAAGAACUCGCAAAAGAAUGAUGAAGGGGCGUAUCAAUGUUUUGCGAGCAACAUGCGAGAUCAGGCAUACGGGAUCGCAGAAUAUAUAAUUGAACAGUCCGACGGUCGACUUCGAGCCGUUGGUAACCGAUCACGGCGCACUCCUUAUGCCCGCAGCGCUCAUAACCACGACGCCGCCGACUGGAACUUCACUGGUACAAGAGAAUCGAAACCAGAGCUAGUGUACUGGUUUUCAGAGCAAACUUUGCAACCUGGACCCAGCGUGUCUCUAAAGUGUGUCGCCAUGGGUCAUCCACCACCUCAGUUUUCGUGGAUGCUUGACGGAUUUCCCAUACCAACUAAUUCAAGAUUCGUAGUUGGUCAGCACGUUACACUUCAAGACGACGUAGUUAGUCACCUCAACAUCAGUAGAGUGACAGAACAAGAUGGCGGGGAAUAUGCGUGUGUGGCCAGUAACACCGCAGGUAAAACCAGCCACGCAGCCAGAGUGAACGUCUACGGUCUUCCAUUUAUACGAGAAAUGCCAAAAGUGACAGCGGUUGCUGGUAGUGACCUAAUCAUAAAAUGUCCUGUCGCUGGUUAUCCUAUUGAAUCUAUUACUUGGGAAAGAGAUGGACAAACAUUACCUCUAAAUCGACGACAGAAGGUUUUUCCCAAUGGAACGUUAAUUGUAGAGCAGACGCAACGUGGUGAAGACGCUGGCACCUACACUUGCCAAGCGUCGAACAGACAACGGCACGCCGCUCGGAGAGAUGUGGAAGUGCAAAUAUUGGUGCGACCAAAGAUUUUGCCGAUACAACCACUCACGAACUUGCUAAGAGAGGGCAUGAGAGCAGCGAUAUCAUGUCAGAUUUUGGAAGGGGAUUUGCCCAUCGCAUUUCGAUGGGAGAAAAAUGGACAACCUGUCACCUCAUCGCCGUAUGCACCCAGCGGUAUUAUAACACGCAGAAUGGACGAAUACAGUGCGUCUUUAGUAAUCGAACAUAUAACAUCGCUACACAGCGGGAAUUAUACCUGCAUUGCGUCCAAUAUCGCUGGAUCGGAGCGUUUCACUGUACCUCUGACUGUCAAUGUGCCACCAAGAUGGCGUUUGGAGCCUAAUGACAUCGCUGUAGCUGCUGGACAAGAUGUUACCCUUCAAUGUCAAGCAGAUGGUUAUCCAAAGCCUAACAUAACUUGGAAGAAAGCAGUGGGUAACACACCGGGUGAAUACAAGGAUUUUUUAUUUGAGGGCAGCUCCAGAGUGCUUGAAAACGGCUCUUUAAUAUUUGAGCGAGUUGCAAAAGAUAGUGAAGGACACUAUCUCUGCGAAGCACGAAACGGCAUUGGAGCUGGACUUAGCAAACUUAUAUUCUUAAAAGUUAACGCACCGGCGCGUUUCCCAAUGAAAAGCAAGACGGUGCAAGUGACUGCUGGAGAGGCGGCACAUCUUCAGUGUGCAGCUUCUGGAGAUGCACCGUUGGAAGUCAGUUGGCGAAGCCCUCACCAUCAUACAAUAGCUCACCAUCUAGAUCAAAGAUAUACUAUUCGAGAGCAAGUACUAGAUGAUGGUCUGGUCUCCGAACUUAGUAUUCUGCAAACCUACCGACAGGAUACGGGAGCGUUAACUUGUCGAGCAUCAAAUGCGUAUGGGCAAGACGAAAUGUUAAUACACUUGGUCGUACAAGAGGUACCCGAAAUGCCCAAGAAUAUAAGAAUAAUCGAUCAGCAAUCGCGAUCAAUACAGAUAUCAUGGACACAGCCCUACGCUGGAAAUAGCCCGAUAAUUAAUUAUAUAGUGCAGUAUAAAGAAGCACCAGAUCCGUGGCCAACAACGCCACAAAAAGUUAUUGUACCGGGAAGUGUUACCUCCGCCAGUGUACAAAAUUUACAACCAGCGACAUCUUAUCAUUUGCGGAUAAUUGCCGAAAACCGACUCGGUCAAAGCGAGCCCAGUCAACUCGUACAAGUGACUACUACGGAAGAAGUUCCCAGCGGCACACCAUUGGACGUUAGAGUAGAACCAAAAAGUUCAACGGAAUUAAUUGUAAGCUGGGAUCCACCACAGAAGGACUUAUGGAACGGCAACAUUCUUGGUUACUACGUGGGAUUUCAAGAACUCAACAACAACAGUAGUGUAUUAAUCGCAAGCGGACCAGGUGGUGCAUCGUAUACGGUUCGUACGGUCGAAGGAACGGGUACGGCGCGUGCUAGAACAACACUAUCCGGGCUACAAAAGCACACUGUAUAUGCUGUUGUUGUACAGGCUUAUAACAGCCGGGGUGCAGGCCCCGCGUCUCCACCUACCACUGCAACUACUAUGGAGGAUGUGCCGAGUCUUCCGCCUGGGUCGCUUCAGUGCACUGCUUUAAGCUCGCAGUCAGUAAGAGUCACUUGGGAGCCGCCGCCAGUAAGGGGCCGAAAUGGAAUAUUACAGGGUUACAGAGUCACGUAUGCACCGGUUACUGAUUGGUAUGGUAUAGAAGAUGCAGUCACUAAGCAAAUUUCCGCAUUGCAUACAACACUGUCCGGUCUGCGACGAUAUACAAACUAUUCUGUAACGGUUUGUGCUUUCACCGCUGCUGGUGAUGGAGUGAGAGCUGCACCUGUGUAUUGUCAAACCGAGGAAGAUGUACCUUCUGCUCCAGCCGAUAUUAAGGCAGUUGUAUCUUCUCGCAAUAAGAUCCUUGUGUCUUGGCUACCCCCAGCUUCUCCCAAUGGUGUUCUCGUUGGUUAUACUCUAUAUAUGAGCGUAAUCGAAGACGGCAGAGAGGAAGGUACACAUAAACGCAUGCUAUCUCCGAGCACACUGUCUCAUGAAACUCCUCGGUCACCUUCACGCGCUACUCACCAAUUUUGGGUAUCAGCUUCCACAAGACUUGGUGAGGGGGAAGCGACACGAGUUGUUACUGUUCUGCCAUCUGAUUCAGUACCAGCUCGAAUCACAUCGUUCAGCCGCAGCAUAGUUACUCCGUGGAAGGAAAAUAUAUCUCUAUCGUGUAAUAAAGUGGGUGUCCCCGUACCUUCCACCACUUGGAGUAUGAAUGGCGCUAUUUUAGAAUCUACUCUAAGGAAAAAUGUAACCAACGACGGGACGCUUAUCAUAAGUAUGACUCAGUAUGCCGACAGCGGUAACUACACAUGCAGUGUUGAGAAUGUGCAUGGGCGAGAUGAGGUGACAUAUAGUGUUGAAGUGAAAGUGCCACCCCAACCGCCGGUACUAGCGGUCGUUGACUCUUACGCUGAUUCCUUGCACUUACAAUGGAGUGAUCAAGGUGACGGAGGCAGCCCUAUUUUAGGAUAUGUAAUAAACUACAAGCGGGAGCACGGAGAUUGGGAGGAGCUGCAGGUUGAGGCAGGCACCUCUGAGCAUGUGCUUCCCAACCUGUGGUGUGGCACUCGGUAUCAACUUUACAUCACCGCUUUUAACCGUAUCGGUACCGGACUUCCUUGCGACAUUGUCCACGCUUAUACUAAAGGCACAGUGCCUGUAAAACCUAAACAUUCGCAAAUGAUCACUCUUAAUACGACGACCGUGACUGUCUGGCUGGACUCCUGGGGAGACGGAGGCUGCGGCAUCCUCUACUUCGUAAUUGAAUAUAGAGAGAUAAGUCAGUCGCAGUGGCGACUGGUGUCGAACAGCGUGCAGGCAACUGAGCGUGUGUUCAGCGUGACGGGGCUCGCGCCGGCUACGCACUACCAGCUCCGCAUCACCGCGCACAACAACGCCGGGCACGCACUAGCUCUCUACAAUUUCACCACGCACUCGCUGACUGGCAUUGUGGAAGGUGAGAUAUCACCAGCGGUGCCAGCGGCCGGGACAAGAUCUUUGGGUGGUGUUCGGGUCCUCCUUCCUGCAGCUUUGUCUCUCCUGGUUUUAGCUGCACUUGUAGCCAUCGUAUUUCUAGUGCGCCGAAACAAAGCUGGUACCACGGAGACGACCGCACCGGAAGUCGGUGUUGGCGAGUCGCCCUCCGUGGCCCAGCUGCAGAACAAAGUGAAUCGGGAUCAGCAGUACCUGGCUACUCGGGCCCAGCAUCCUGCACCUCAACAUCACUACAAACACGCUUCCAACGAAUACAUAGAAGACAUUUGUCCUUACGCUACGUUCCAACUGACGAAGCCUACGGCUUACAGCGAGAGCAGCUACAGCGGCAACGUGUACAGCGGCCCUUAUCAUUCCGUUCGCGGCUCUUUUGUGUACCACGAUCUGAAGCAAAACGACAAAUAUAAGGGAAAAGAACCAGAAUACACUAAAGUACGAAGAAAAGGUGCGAGACUCCGAGAUCCACAUUCGGAAAGUCAAGAGUCGGACAACUUGGGCUCGACGGACUCGGAGGUGAAGAAGAUAUUAACGCUGCACCUGCCAAUUACAGAGUACGAGGACGACGCCAGCGACGACGCCAGCGCGCCGCACUCCGACAGCGAACCGGCGGCGAGACUACGCCCCGCGCACCCCACCACCUACCCGAGCGUAGAGCGCGAAGAAUCGUCGUCUUCGUCGGAAAACUCGGUAGGUGGCGUUGUACGGAAGGCGUUCCCGAGCCGUAAGGGGAAAGCCGGGGCCCUGGGCAAGCGACACGUGCGCUCUUCCAGUGGCUAUAGCAGUCACAAUGAUGAAACUACCUUCAGUCGUAUAAUUAUUGCUGAUACGUUUAAAUGUCCAAACAAAGUUACUUGCCGAUGCAGCAUAUCAAACUACCCGUCGUUCAACGAGCGUAUUCACCCGCCUUCGAGGUUCUCGGACGACACAGAGUGCGAGAGUCACCAUCGCAGAAAACGAAGCCUCAACACCCAGAACGACCACAAGAUCACUCGUGAAGCAUUCCAGAUUAACGUCUGA